CUUUUCCUUUCACUCUUACUAAACUCUCUACUACUAUUAUUAUAAACUUUUCUGUUGAAUAUGAACGGUACAAGCAACGGCAGUUUCCACCAUCACCAUCCUCACCACGACGAAGGUUUGCUUCGGGACGCGUCACAUGGUACCCUCGUAAACAGAGAGCAACAACUGCGGGAAGAGAUUGCAAAGCUGCGGCGCGAGGAGCAAGAGUUGCGUGAGAAGGACCUUUGGAUCAAGCAGAAUAUCGUGGCCGUACGAGAGAAAAUGAUGAUGGCUUCCGACAGACGUUAGAUUCUACCCCACCUCAAACCAGCUAUACUAUUACCACCACCACCACCGACACCCUUUCUCUUCUUGGGCAUAUUUCUGUCUUUCUUUUCUUCUGAAUGUUACUUGUCAUCGACGCUUAUUUCUGUUAUCGUGAAAAGACGCACAUUAUAUCCUUACAACACACGAUUCACAUUCCAGACCAUUGCUACUGCUAAAACAGCGCUCAUCAUUUCGUG